CAUUAUUUUAACAUGAAAUUAAUAAUAUUUGAACAUUAUUUGAGCAUGAUCGAUGUGGACACAUUAAUGUCUUUGUGUCUUCAGGAGGACGCGAUGCCAGAAGGGGUGAACAUUGACGAACUGUUGGACCUUAAGACAGAUGAGGAAAGGACACAGAGACUGCAAGACGUCUUUCACUCCUGUAACAACAACACGGAGGUCUUCAUCUGUGAGCUGCUGUUAAAACUGGACGGUUUACAGAAACAGGAUGAUCUGCACGACGGCGGCAUCAACAUCAGCCCUGCCCACUCUGGGUCAGCUGACACGGAUGCGCUGCGCUGAGACACUGGCCACCACCGCGACUGAUCCCGACCCCGAAACCUCUUCUGGUUCUCCUGUCUCUCUCCUGGUUCUCCUGGUUCUCUCCUGGUUCUCCUGUCUCUCUCCUGGUUCUCCUGUCUCUCUCCUGGUUCUCCUGGAUGAUCUUGUAUUGUUUGUACAUGAUUUAAAUAAAGGGUUUGAAAUGACUCUUCCUUCAGAUG